CUUCACUCCUUUAGUUCAGGUUGCUGGAAAAAUUUUUGAAAUAUCCUUAAUAAUAAAAUCGCAAUUCUGUGUUUGCGAUUCUUGAGUUGAUUUCCUUUCACCAAUGGCGAAUCUUCCAAUUGUCCAAUUCGAAGAGAAGAUCAUAAAAACAGUGGAAGAGAAUCCGGUGGUGGUAAUAAUCGGAGAGACCGGCUCAGGUAAGAGCACCCAGCUCUCUCAGAUGCUGCAUCGGAGAGGUUACACCAAGUCCGGAAUCGUUGGCGUCACUCAGCCACGUCGGGUUGCUGCAGUCUCUGUUGCGAGACGAGUUGCCCAGGAGCUUGGUGUUAAGCUUGGGGAGGAAGUGGGUUAUGCCAUUCGGUUUGAAGAUAGAACCUCAGAUUUAACACGAAUCAAAUACCUUACUGAUGGAGUCCUCCUCCGCGAAAGUCUUUCCAAUCCGGAGCUUAAUCAGUAUUCAGUGAUCAUAUUGGAUGAAGCCCAUGAGAGAAGUCUGAACACGGACAUUUUACUGGGACUAGUGAAACGCUUGGUUAAAUUACGGGCUUCAAAUUUAAAGGUUCUCAUUACGUCAGCAACUCUAGAUGGUGAAAAAGUAUCAGAAUUUUUUACAGGUUGCCCUGUACUGAAUGUCUCUGGAAAGUUGUACCCUGUGGAAAUAUUGUACAGCAAGGAACGCCCUACAAACUACAUUGAGUCUUCUUUAAGAACAGCUAUUGAUAUACAUACUCGUCAACCUGAAGGUGACAUCUUGAUAUUCAUGACUGGACAGGAUGAUAUAGAGAAGUUAGUGUCAAAGCUGGAGGAUAGGGUUCAAAGCCUAGAGGAAGGGUCCUGUAUGGAUGCAAUUGUCCUUCCACUCCAUGGUUCCUUGCCACCUGAAAUGCAGGUUCGUGUAUUUGCUCCACCACCUCCAAAUUGUAGGCGAUUUAUUGUUGCAACUAACAUUGCUGAAACUUCGUUGACGGUUGAUGGUGUUGUGUAUGUUAUUGAUUCUGGUUAUGUAAAGCAACGGCAAUACAAUCCAUCAACGGGCAUGUAUUCCCUCGAUGUUGUGCAAAUUAGCAAAGUGCAAGCCAAUCAGCGUGCAGGGCGAGCAGGAAGAACACGUCCUGGAAAGUGUUACCGGCUAUACCCUUCAAUGAUUUAUGAAGAUGAUUUCCUUGAUGUCACGGUUCCUGAGAUACAGCGAUCUUCGCUUGCUGGCAGUGUUCUUUACUUGAAAUCGUUGGAUCUCCCAGAUUUUGACAUUCUGAAAUUUGAUUUUCUUGAUCCCCCUUCAUGUAAGUAUUCUUUUUUGUGUUAUUCCACUGUUCAUGUGCAGAAUCAAAUUCACCUGGUUUCAUAUUUCCACUUACAGAAUCUCAAGUUCUCAUCCAACUCACUAGAACUUGGAUGUAUUAUUAUGCAUCUACUCUCUAAUCCCUAGCUUUUAUUAUUAUUU